UUUAUAGCUGCUCCGGCGGAACCUUCGUCCUCUCGGAGAAACAGGAAGCGCUUUACAUUCAUGUCGCACCGUCCCGGAAGUGGCCUUUUAGAGUCACAUUGAAGACCAAAGCCCCGGUCGCAGGAAAUUUAGGACAAGUGACCAGUCAACUCAUUCCUCAUGUAUUUAUUUGGAUGAUCAUCAACGAUGUUUGCUUCAAAAGUUGUCACUCGUCUCAGUCUAUUACGUAGAGCAUCUUGUUCACUUCAAGCCCAUGGGGAGAGUUUGAAUGGAUGUGUACAGUCAGUCCUUCCUGUUUACUGCUCUUCACUACAGCAAAAACAGAGAAACUACUCAACAGCAGCAGACAACACACCUCCUCCCCGAUGGAUCCAACUUGAGCCAGAGCUGGAAGAGGCUCUCGUGCCGCGUAAACUGUCAGUAAGUCCUCUGGAGAGCUGGCUCUCCCUGCGCUACUCCCUUCCUCCCCUGAUGGAAUCCGCUCUGCCGCUGGAGGACGUAGGGCUGCUGGAAGAAAAGGUGCUGCCGCCCAUCUCCGUCCCUGUUAUGGAGGAUGGGGAGGGUUCAGUGACACCCCUUGAAUGCAAGAAUGUUCUCAAGAUCAGACGGCGGAAGAUGAACCGGCAUAAAUACAAAAAGCUGCAAAAGCGGACUAAAUUCUUGAAGAGGAGAGUGCUAGAGGGCCGGGGUAAAAAGAAGCAGAAACGAUUUGAGGAGGAUCUAAAGAGAAUUUGGACCCGAGCCGGCCUGAAGAAAGCUCCGGAGGGAUGGACUACGCCUAAGAUCUUCAUUAAACGCCACGGAAACAAAGACUGAGAAACACUUGACUUUGUGUCACAUCCCGCUCACAAUGGACGGCUCUGCUCACACCACACUAAAGUGGAGCAUGUUUCCCAACGUGUUCAAUGAUUUUUUUGACAACAUGUACAUAAUCUAAUAAAGAUCUUUCUCUGUUGAACCCAA